CACAUAAAGUGAUGGGUAAAAAUUGGGUUCAGGUGGCUUUAUAUCCACCAGCAGGCCCCUGAAAACAACAUGAAUGGCCGGCCAUAAGCUAAUAAGGGCCCUGAUGCCUUCCUUAUACCGUGCAUCCUGUGAGGCUCCCAGGAAUUCCGCUUUGAUUGCUGCACAUCCUCCCAGUUGCUCCAGUAACUUGGCCAUAAAACGCGGAUUCGUCUGGAGCAUUUGGAGUGUAGUGCAAUAAAGCGUCUGAGACCAAGGUUAUUAACUGUGACUAAGGGGCUGAAAAACAACGGCUGGGAGCAUUGAAAGCUUGUGUCCACGGACCUUUCCGGCGUCAUUUGUUUCAGCAUCUUACCGUGGUAGGAAUAUUCUACAUUUGUGUUGUGUUGCAGCGUAGACCUGCAGCUUUUGCCCACUGGGUGGCGCUCCUCAGAUCAAUGUCAUUGCCGUGAAUUGAGAUAUAAAAGAAGUUUGACUCAACGCUCUGCUGCUUUAAAAUAUGUCACCACGUCAGGAUUUCAUUGUUAAGUUUGCUCUUUACUUAGCCUAAAACAAAAUAUACGACACAGUGGAGCUGCCUGCUCGGACUGGGAGGAGUCUGUGGUCGCCUGGUGUUUUAAUUGGCUGCAGGCUACAGUGAGAAGCGUGAGUAUCAGUAAUUAUUCAGCAAUGUUUUGCACAAGAAAUGUCAGCCAGAAAGGGCUAUCUUCAUCCUCCGUCAAAUUAUACCACAACGAUGACAUGCCCCAACAACCAAGCUGGAAAUUCAUUUUUCGUGGACUCCCUGAUCAACGUGAGAACCGACAGUGGUUCAUAUUAUCAAAGUAACGGCGUGUAUUUGCCACCGGCUUCGGAAUAUUCAUAUGGACUCUCCGGUGGCUCGUGUUUCCCGGGGAUCGGUAAGCGCAACGAGCCAAGCACCCAAAGCGUGAUCCCUUCUUCUGCUCCGUAUGUUCAAGGGAUGGAAACGUGGCUGGAAACGUCGAGAUCCUGCCGGGUGGAUCAGCCCAGCGGCCAGCAUAUGGCUCCGUGUUCAUUCUCACCGAGUAUAAAAGAAGAGAGCGCAUAUUGCCUUUAUGAGUCUGACAAAUGUCCUAAAGGAGCAACAGUAGAUGACAUUUCCUACUCAACUGCAUCAUGCCCGGUCACCGGCAGCACCUUGCCGGUCCCGGGCUACUUCCGCCUGUCUCAGACAUACACGUCCUCCAGGCUGUACCAUGAUGUCCAGCCAAACAUGAAUCACUUUACUCUGCAACGACCUGCCCGCUUGGACAGCCAGCCCUCCCAGCCCCAGGCUGCCUCUGCUGAGCCGGAGCGGAGGGAGAGCCACGAGGAGGCGCCUGUCCCCGCGCCCUGCGCCCCGGCCAGGGAGGAGGACAGCCGCCUCUCCUCGGAAGGCUCAUCUUCCCCUGAGCCCGCUGAGACGUGCAGUGCGGAGUGUCCAGAAAAACCCGUCAAAGGAGAUGGAAAAAUGGAAAGUACGGCUAACUGGCUCACAGCUAAGAGUGGCCGAAAGAAGCGCUGCCCCUACACCAAGCACCAGACUCUGGAGCUGGAGAAGGAGUUUCUCUUCAACAUGUACUUGACUAGAGAGCGUCGUCUGGAGAUCAGCCGCAGUGUGCACCUCACUGACAGGCAAGUCAAAAUCUGGUUCCAAAACAGGAGGAUGAAACUGAAAAAAAUGAGCCGGGAGAAUAGGAUCCGAGAGCUCUCCAGCAACUUCAGUUUCUCAUGAGACUGUCUGCGUCUCUGGCGCCCUCCUCCAUCCAUGGCAAGGGCGCCUGGUGCAGAGCCCCCCACCCAACUGUGAGAAUGUCCAUGGAAAAUAGGACCCUACUGCUAACUUAUUGAUUGUUGUUAUUCCUUAUUUUCACGUCUGUUUUAUUUUUUGUCGUGGAUAUGUAUUUAUAAAUGGCUACAUUUGUAACGUUGAUCCAUUGUGUUUUUAAAUGUUCAGAAUGCGACCACAAUGUUUCAGAGCUUCAGGCUUGUACAUAUUGUAUAUUCAACCUGAGUGAACCAUUGGAAUUUGCAUGCUGGACUAACCCUUGGGAUACUUUGUGUUACAGUUACAUGUAGGCCUUUAUGUGACAGCUAAAUAACCCAAGAGGUCUGAAUAUUUGCACAUUUUGCUGGUCAAAUUAAUAAAACCUUCCCUGCAA